AUGUCUGUAGAGAAAACCAAUUCUGAACAAGUUUGGUUCAAGUCAUGGAUCAAAACGCGUAACAUAAAGCUCGAAGCUUCUGUUCCUAAUAUAACAAAUACGCGUGAACGAAUUCUGCAAACUCAUAAUUUGUUACAAGAUUUGAGAUCCAAAUUGAAUUAUUUAAAAGAAAUUCGAGAUUCUGCGAAUGAAGAUGAAUGGAAAGUUAAAAUAGAAAGUCUUGAAAAUGUCAAGAAAACAUUAGAAUCGAAUUUGUCUUCUAUAGAUCAACAAUUUAUUGAAAAAGUUAAAUUGAAAAUAUCUAAAAUUAGGCGUCAUAAGCGAUGGCGCGUGAAACAUAUCAAGAAAUUACAAUCUGUUCGAGAUGAAAGGCAACGUAGGCGAGAAACAUUACAUAAAACUAUUGACGAAUGGCGAACCGAAUGGAUAGCUAAAGAGUUAGCUCUGAAACGGGUGAAAAAACUUCGAGAUCUUCGCAGAGAACGAUUAAAACGCGAAGGUCACUUCUUUCCCGAGGAAGAUGAUGAAUUUUUUAAUAGGAUUGCGUCAUUAAAUGAUGCAAUGAAAGUUGAAGAAGCUCCUGAAUUUGAUUUAGACAAUUUGGUUUCAAUUAGGAGGCAAUGGGAUGCCUAUAUUGAUGAAACAGGAUCUGUUGGAUCUUCUUGCAUACCACCAACAUUUGUAAACCCAUCACCUCCAGCGAAUUAUAUUUGGGCAUCUUGCUUAAUGCAUGGUUCUCCAUAA